AUGGCUGGAAACACGGGGGCUGAUUUAGGCGAGUCACUUGUUCCGUACGACUCUGAGCGGCAGACACAGGUAGUCCAACACCUACCGCCCGGCGGCCUUCCACUGGUACCUUACAUAGGGCCGCCUGUGGUGUACAAAGUGUACAACAUCACCAACCCCGUCGGCAUACAGAUAGAAAGCCACGGCAGCUACAUGGCGGUGGAGGACCCGAGUAAGACUCUCAAAGAUGACCAACGAAGGUACACAGAAACUGGAACACAAACAGACCAAAACAGCGAAAAUGCCAAAGAGCCUAUUUACAAAGAGGACGAAGGCGAUUGGACAGCUAAACUCGGUUUGAAAACCGAGCAGCCAAAGAGCAGUAACAGCAAUUGGACGUAUAAAGGAAUCCCAGAGCAUCCUCCGUUCAUUGUAUUACAAUCCAUGCCAAAGCUAGGAUCAUGUAAAAGGGUUGACAACAUAUCCCAGCGUAUCGUCACAAGGAUGGAACUGCUACAAGGGCAAGGAAACUGGGACAUGUAUGACAAGUUUUUGAUGGCUACAAUGAAGCACUUUAAGGACGAUCCCGACAUUCUGGUGCGGGUUGUUCUUGAGGACGUGGUCGGUGCUUAUUUCCGUGACGAUUUGCAAAGCGGCUACACCAGCCUACAGCGUGCCGAAGAGCUUGUGCAGAAAGUCUCUGACCCGGCACAGCAGCAAACACACAGGCUGUUCCUGAAGUCUGCACUACUCCGCAAGGAAAAGCGGCAUGACGAGGCGGAUAACGUCAACUAUCUCGCUCUACAGGGUCUACCCUACAUGAAACCCGGAAGAGACACGGCGUCCGUUUGGUACAACCUGGCUGCGCUGAAAGCCCAAGUUCUAUACGAAUGCGAAAACCCCCCGACCGUGGCUAAGGCCUUAUAUCAGGAGGCAGUGGCCGCCUUUGAGGCCGCCAUUGAGAACUACAAAUUUGGGCUCGACAAAGAGGAGAGAACGUGCAAGAACAGCCUGCGAAGAAGUCAUGUCCGUUUGUCCAUGGCUCUGGUAGGCAGCUGCAGCCUUCAGGAAGUGGAGAACAGCCUAUGGGAGGGCAUCACAAGCCGCAUGCGCUGCUCCUGGUACCUCGCAAAGUCCGACCUCUUCAGACGCCGUGGGAACACACAGAGGGCCACAGAGAUGGCACAAGAAGCGCUGAGGGUUGCCAGAAACGGCGACUUCCCCUCUGAAGUCAAGUUUGCAGAGGUGCGACUGGGGUUGUUGAAGAGAGAAGAGAUACAAGUUGAGGAGGACAUGGCGUGGCUGUGGUCUGAUGAGAGUACAGGGGUAAAUAUAAAUAUUGAUAAAGUUUGGUUAGAAUUAUUUUGGAAUUAG